AAACAUUUCAAAGUUCCAUUUCCCACCGUUCAACAAUCGGCGAUAGGUGGCGCUUGUUGAUUUUUCGAUUAUCCAGCUGCGGUCCCAUUACAAAUUUUAACACUAAGUUUUUCAACCUUCCGCAUAUUCCAGGUGGAAGAAAAGCCAGAAAAUGCCGGAGCCGCGCAGUCCGAUGGCCAGUUUCGCCGAGUCGGUGCUCAAUGUCAUCGAUGGACCCAUAACUUGGUUCCGCGAGAGCAUUGUGGAGCCGAACCAGGAGAAGCAGAAUUGGUACCACCAGCGCUUCCGCCGCGUUCCGACCAUCGAUCAGUGCUACACGGACGACGCCGUCUGCCGUUUUGAGGCCGAUCAGCAGUUCCGCCGGGAUCGCAUGGUGGACAACGAGAUCGUGAACAUUCUGCGCCAGCGCUUCGAGGAUUGCACCCUUUACGAGGCCCCCGACCACAUCGUCAAGUGCAAGCCGCUGCUGGAACAGUACGAGAAGGCCACCGAGAACUGGUUCAUCAAGUAUGGCGACUUGGGAGGCUAUGCCAACGCCAAGACCGCGUACAUGAAGCAGAAGCAUCGCCUGAUCUGGGAGCGUCGCCAUGGACCCGUGGGCAGUGGCAUGAAGGAGGAGGCCGCCCAUUAAACUCUGCUUUUACGUGUCUAACGCGCCGAUCUGAGCUGAUGUUUUCUAGUUUCAUUAUCCGUUAUAACUAAAUAUACACGCCCUGAAAUGAUAAUCCCAAGGA